UGAAAGCGAGCUGCCGCUACCAACAAAACAACGGACUCUUUCUUUUCGAUCAGUGACACUUGAAGGAGACGAAAUGGGUAAAGUAAAGUGCUCAGAGCUGCGCACCAAGGACAGGAAGGAGUUGGAGAAACAACUCGUCGAUCUCAAGACUGAGUUGACCAACUUGAGGGUCGCCAAAGUUACUGGAGGUGCUCCAUCCAAACUCUCCAAAAUCCGUGUUGUCCGUAAAGCCAUCGCACGUGUGUUCAUCGUGUUGCACCAAAAGCAAAAGGAGAACUUGCGCAAGCUAUACAAGAACAAGAAGUUCAAGCCUUUGGACCUUAGGCCAAAGAAGACCCGCGCCAUCCGUCGCGCUCUCUCCAAGAGUGAGCUCAACAUCAGGACGGCCAAGGAGUUGAAGAAAAUGGCUAUCUAUCCAGUUAGGAAAUACGCCGUUAUGGCUUGAAAACAUUUUUGACUAUUUAAAAUAAAAAUAUUAAAAAUAAACAA